AUGACUGAAUACAAGAUAGCCAACCUUCAACUAGUCAAUGUGCCUACCGAGAUCGCUGUGUUUCUUACCUUGGAAGGUACUUUGAUGGCUACAGAGAAUAUCUCCAAGAAAAAAGCUUAUGACUGGCUGAGAUCUAGAGAUGAGCUCGCUAGAUUAAGGAUGUGUGACAACUCGAUCAACUGUUAUAAGAAGCAAUACAGAGUUACCAAAGAAGAAACCUUUAGAAAACUUCAUCAAAUGGUUGCAAGCGUUGAUGAGAUGAUGAAUGAGGAGUUCUAG